UCCUUGCUCCUGGCCUUUCUUUCUCCCUUUCCCUCCUCCUCCUCCUAUCACCACCCACUCAACCGGCGGCCACCACCAUUGCCUUGCCACAACACAAAGAGACAAACUAGAUCCUGCAUAAAUUCCUCCGCCAACCACACCACGCGCGCCCGCCUCGCCUCGCCUCGUGCGCGCUCACGGUCUCUGGAUCCUAUCCUUUACGCCCCCAUUCCUUCCCUGCGGCCGCGGAUUUGGGGGGGUUGCAAGAGAGUGAGUGAGAAGGGAAGGAUGGGCUACGUCGGGAACCAUGGCGUGGCGACGCUGCGGCGGUACAAGUACAGCGGCGUCGACCACUCCGUCGUCGCCAAGUACAUCCUGCAGCCCUUCUGGUCGCGAUUCGUCCACCUCUUCCCGCUCUGGUUCCCACCAAACAUGAUUACACUGACUGGUUUCAUGUUUCUACUGACAUCAGCAUUCCUUGGCUUUUACUAUUCGCCUCAUCUUGAUACAGCACCCCCUAGAUGGGUUCAUCUCGCGCAUGGAAUCCUUCUCUUCCUUUACCAGACUUUUGAUGCCGUGGAUGGUAAACAAGCAAGGCGUACCAACUCAUCAAGUCCUUUAGGCGAACUUUUUGAUCAUGGAUGUGAUGCGCUUGCAUGUGCUUUUGAGUCCCUGGCUUUUGGAAGCACAGCAAUGUGCGGAAAGUCUACCUUCUGGUUUUGGGUCAUUUCGGCUGUUCCUUUCUACUGCGCAACCUGGGAACACUAUUUUACAAAUACGCUUGUUCUUCCUAUAGUCAAUGGGCCAACUGAAGGCCUUAUGCUGAUCUAUGUGUGCCAUAUUUUCACCUUUUUCACAGGAGCUGAAUGGUGGGCACAGGACUUCCGGAAAUCAGUGCCCCUCCUAAAUUGGGUCCCUCUUGUUCCUGAAAUCCCGCUCUAUGGCAUCGUGCUGUUUCUAAUGGUUGCUUUUGCUGUAAUCCCUACGAUUGGAUCUAACACUCAUAAUGUCUACAAAGUUGUCGAAGCAAGAAAAGGAAGCAUGCUGCUGGCACUAGCAAUGCUCUUUCCUUUUGGUUUCCUCUUGGCUGGAGCUCUCGUGUGGUCCUAUCUGUCUCCUUCAGACAUAAUGAGAAAUCAACCACAUCUGCUCAUUAUUGGAACUGGUUUUGCUUUUGGCUUUCUUGUGGGAAGAAUGAUUCUGGCUCACUUGUGUGAUGAACCCAAAGGUCUUAAGACAGGAAUGUGCAUGUCCCUAGCGUAUUUUCCGUUUGCAAUUGCAAAUGCGCUGACUGCACGACUUGAUAACGGAACCCCCCUUGUUGAUGAGCAGCUCGUUCUCCUGAUGUACUGCCUAUUUACAGUGGUGCUGUACAUGCAUUUUGCUACAUCUGUUAUCCAUGAAAUCACCAAUGCGCUUGGGAUCCAUUGCUUCAGAAUCACCAGGAAAAAGGCGUAACUCUAAUCAGUACUCGUGUGUGGUAUCUGCCAAACAAGCAAGCAUACCUACUUGUCUUCAUUACAUGGAUGAUGUCUGAAUCAUAUUGUCCUCUGGCAUUACUGCUGUGCUGUCCCCUGGAAUUUACAUCAGCAUUAAAAAUCUGUGCCGAUGAUAAAACAAUGUAUUUAAAACAGAUGGGGAAAUUUUGUUGUAACUUAUGUAGAGCAGAUGCUCAGUGAAAACUUUAGGGAGGAGGGAAUGUUGAGCUGAUUGGCAGAUGAUGCCUUCGUAAUUUAUCACAUUGUAACACCAACAGAGUUACAGAGAUGUGGUUAGUGUUGUUUAAAUAUGAAUCUUUCUGAUUUGGUUGA